AUGGCCCCCCAAAGCUUCAUCAUCAACUUCUACUCCACGGACAAUGAGUGCGACCACAAAGGCCGCACCUUCAACGACAUCCUCCGCUUCAACAACCAAGCCCUUGAGCACGAACACGACUACAUCCAGGUCCUCUUCCCUCUACCAGAGCGCUCUCCCAUCAACCCCACCGCCCCAGUCAUCACCCCAGAAGUCCGCGCCGCCUUUCUCGAUCACUCCGGUCUUCGAGAGCGCCUGGUCCUCGCUUUGGAGCGGAUGCUUCAGUUCUACGGCUUUGGUCUCAAUCCCAGCUACUCGAAAUUGGAGAUCGCCAACUUCACCGCCACCUCUGAUAUAGGUCCGCGUGCGAGGGAGGAUGCGCUGAUCGGACGCAGCCCAAACUUCGAACGUCGGGCGCCUAUUACGUGGUUGAAGUCGAUGGACCACAACCACUUGCGCUUGACACGGAUCAUUCGGUGUUUGAGGGUGUUGGGGCUGGAUGUGCUGGCGUGGGCGCUGUAUCAGGCUUUGAUGGGCCAUGAUCGAAUUGAGAAUGUCUCGGAUCGGACGAGGAGAGUGUUGUGGUUGGAACCUUCGGAGGGUGAUGAUGGGAAGGGAGUGAAGUGGUUGAGGGAGGAGUUGAUGGAGGAUGUGAAACAGGAGGUGUGGAUGAAGGAGGAAUAUGUGCAGGCGCAGCCGUCGUCCGAGGAGGGAUCGGAUGAGGAAGAGAGCGAGGAUUCGGAGAAGGUGAAAGAUGAAGUGAAGGUGAAGCGUGAAGGCGACUGA